UUCGUCAAGUCUCUUACAAUUCAAUUCCCAAUCUAGAAAUAGCAGGAGGAGGAUGUCCGGGCGAGGUAAAGGCGGGAAGGGGCUCGGGAAGGGAGGGGCGAAGAGGCAUCGGAAGGUCCUGCGCGACAACAUCCAGGGGAUCACCAAGCCGGCGAUCCGCCGGCUCGCCAGAAGGGGCGGCGUCAAGCGGAUCUCGGGGCUUAUCUACGAGGAGACACGUGGCGUGCUCAAGAUCUUCCUGGAGAACGUGAUACGUGACGCCGUGACCUACACUGAGCACGCCAGGCGGAAGACGGUCACCGCCAUGGACGUCGUCUAUGCCCUCAAGAGGCAGGGCAGGACCCUCUAUGGAUUCGGCGGCUAGGGUUUGUUCAUUGUUUUUGUGCAUUUUAAGGGAUAUUGGUAUCAACACUGACUGUCUUGCUGCUGUUAGAUUUGAUAAUAUAUGGAAAUCACUCAAGAUAUAUGAGAUAUACAUUAGUUUCGAUA